AUGAUUGGUACUUGCAGCAUACUUGGUAUUAUGAUUGGUACUUGCAGCAUACUUGGUAUUAUGAUUGAUGGUUGUGGUAAAGAUGGUUGUGGUACAGAUGGUUGUGGUAAAGAUGGUUGUGAUAAAGAUGGUUGUGGUAAAGAUGGUUGUGGUAAAGAUGGUUGUGGUAAAGAUGGUUGUGGUAAAGAUGGUUGUGGUAAAGAUGGUUGUGGUAAAGAUGGUUGUGGUAAAGAUAAAGAUGGUUGUGGUAAAGAUGGUUGUGGUAAAGAUGGUUGUGGUAAAGAUGGUUGUGGUAAAGAUGGUUGUGGUAAAGAUGGUUGUGGUGAUGGUAAAGAUGGUUGUGGUACAGAUGGUUGUGGUAAAGAUGGUUGUGAUAAAGAUGGUUGUGGUAAAGAUGGUUGUGGUAAAGAUGGUUGUGGUAAAGAUGGUUGUGGUAAAGAUGGUUGUGGUAAAGAUGGUUGUGGUAAAGAUGGUUGUGGUAAAGAUGGUUGUGGUAAAGAUGGUUGUGGUAAAGAUGGUUGUGGUAAAGAUGGUUGUGGUAAAGAUGGUUGUGGUAAAGAUGGUUGUGGUAAAGAUGGUAAAGAUGGUUGUGGUAAAGAUGGUUGUGGUAAAGAUGGUUGUGGUAAAGAUGGUUGUGGUAAAGAUGGUUGUGGUAAAGAUGGUUGUGGUAAAGAUGGUUGUGGUAAAGAUGGUUGUGGUAAAGAUGGUUGUGGUAAAGAUGGUUGUGGUAAAGAUGGUUGUGGUAAAGAUGGUUGUGGUAAAGAUGGUUGUGGUAAAGAUGGUUGUGGUAAAGAUGGUUGUGGUAAAGAUAAAGAUGGUUGUGGUAAAGAUGGUUGUGGUAAAGAUGGUUGUGAUAAAGAUGGUUGUGGUAAAGAUGGUUGUGGUAAAGAUGGUUGUGAUAAAGAUGGUUGUGAUAAAGAUGGUUGUGAUAAAGAUGGUUGUGGUAAAGAUGGUUGUGAUAAAGAUGGUUGUGGUAAAGAUGGUUGUGAUAAAGAUGGUUGUGGUAAAGAUGGUUGUGGUAAAGAUGGUUGUGAUAAAGAUGGUUGUGGUAAAGAUGGUUGUGGUAAAGAUGGUUGUGAUAAAGAUGGUUGUGGUAAAGAUGGUUGUGGUAAAGAUGGUUGUGAUAAAGAUGGUUGUGGUAAAGAUGGUUGUAGGAACAGAGGAAAGUGUUAA